AGAGCUGUGAUUCUCCGCUGGUUUCCGCUCUGCCUCAGUCGGCCUUCACGAGUUCAUCAGAGCUGUCCAACAGUCACGGGCCGGGCUUCGCCAAACUCAACCGCAGAGACGGUGCCGGAGGCUGGUCUCCGCUGGACUCUAAUAAGUACCAGUGGCUGGAAAUCAAGCUGGAGCAGCGGACGGAGAUUACAGCCAUCGCCACCCAGGGCCGAUACGGCAGCUCUGAUUGGCUCACACGCUACCUCCUCAUGUUCAGUGACACGGGCCAUAAUUGGAGGCCGUACCGACAGGAGGAUAGCAUCGGGGCUUUCUCUGGGAACUCGAACGCUGACAGUGUGGUGAUGUACAAACUCCAGCAGCCGGUCAUCGCUCAGUACGUCCGGAUACUGCCGCUCCACUGGAACCCCAACGGCAGGAUCGGCCUGAGACUCGAGGCCUACGGCUGCCAAUACAGGCGAGCUGAAUUGGUCGACCCAAGAACAGAUGAAGGUCAUAGAGGUAAGGCACUUCAUCUACCGCUGGACAACCUUCAGUCUGCUCCGUCACACACCGACUCUGUGCAGGAAGAGUUUGGCCUUCGAUGGGAAGUUGAAGUUGAUGACGUUGUCCAGGAGCGGGAUGUCAAUGCCACGGGCCGCCACAUCUGUGACCAGCAGCACCAUGGCCUUGCGGUGGACGAAGUGGCCGAUGUUGAUCUCAAUUUUGACGGUAGCGCUCACUUGCUCUUCAGGCCGGAUCCCAGCGCCACUCCAUCAAACAGAGACGUGUUGUCCAUGAACUUCAAAACCCUGCUGAACUCUGGGAUGCUGGUUCACAUGGAGGAACGCAGCGGACACACGCUCACUCUGGAGUUAUUCAGAGGGAAACUCCUACUGCAGCUCAGAAAAGGGGGUCCGUCGGCUGAUUUGCACCCUCUGGUGUCUCUGGGCAGUUUGCUGGACGAUCAGCACUGGCAUCACGUCAGCGUGGAGCGGGUUCGAGGACUGGUGAACUUCACCGUGGACAAAAACACCCAGCAGUUCCAGCUGCCCGAGUCCUGGAGUCACUCUGAGAUUAACGAGUUAUUUAUAAUAGAGCAGCAGGUCUCCAUCAGAGGUAACGUCAGCUUUACAUGCACCGAAUCCAUAGACGUGCCGGUGACCUUCGCCAGUCCUGGAAGUUUCCUCGCUUUGCCGUGGGUCUCCGGUGGAGAAAGCGCCUCGGUCGCUCUGCAGUUCAGGACCUGGAACAGAGCGGGCCUGCUGAUGACCUUUGACCUGCAGCAUAACGCGGGAACGCUGUGGCUCUAUCUGAGCGAGGCCAGAGCGCGACUGCAGAUCCAUAAGACCGGCCGGAUUAUGACAGACAUCACCGCAGGUGCCAGUUUAAAUGACGGUCAGUGGCACUCGCUGGAGCUGGCUGUGCGUCGAGGGCGUCUCGCAGUCACCCUGGACAGAACCGACAGCACUACAGCGUCCACUUCCUUCCCUGUCGCACCUGACAGCCAGCUAUUCUUAGGCGGAUGUCCGGACACAGAAGAUGGCAGCUGCAGAAACCCGUUCAAUGUUUUCCGAGGAUGCAUGCGUCUCAUCCGGACGGGCGGCGCUUUAGUGGAUCUCAUCCGAGUGCAGCAGAUGUUGUUUGGGAAUUUUAGCGAUCUACAGAUGGACAUGUGUGGGAUCAUCGACAGGUAAGCAUUCAACAAAUGUAAACAUUUAAUUAAAUGUUCACAUCAUUGGUCGACAAAGCAUGCUAACUGUUCUGUGUUUGGCUACAUAACCAACUGUUUUUGUAACUCGUCAAUUUAUGAAGCAUCGUGUGAAGCAUACAAACACAAAGGAAACACGUCUGGCUUUUACUACAUCGACGUGGAUGGAAGCGGCCCCAUCAGACCUCAACUAAUCUACUGCAACAUGUCAGAUAAAGCAUGGAUGGUGAUCCAACAUAAUAACACGGAGCUCACCAAAUUAAAAGUGUCCUCCGGGAUAAAUCAGCAUUUAGCCCACUUUAACUAUUCCGCCGACGUGGAGCAGAUCCAGGCGAUAAUUACCCAGGCGGAGUACUGCGAGCAGGAGCUCUCCUACCACUGCAAAAAGUCACGGCUCUUGAACACACCAGACGGCGCUCCGUUCAGCUGGUGGGUGGGCCGGUCGGGUGAGGCGCACAUGUACUGGGGCGGCGCGGUGCCGGGCAGUCAGCAGUGCGCCUGCGGCCUGCAGGACAACUGUGUGCAUCCCGAACACUUCUGCAACUGUGACGCCGACAGCAAAGAGUGGUCAAAUGACUCCGGGCUGCUGUCCCAUAAAGAGCAUUUGCCGGUGCGAGCGCUGACUGUGGGUGACAUCAACAGAUCUGGUUCAGAAGCGGCCUACAGAGUGGGACCCCUGCAGUGUUACGGUGACAAUAACUUCUGGAACGCUGCCUACUUCAACAAGGAGACGUCGUACCUGCACUUUCCCACGUUCCACGGGGAGCUGAGCGCAGACAUCUCCUUCCUGUUUAAGACCAGCUCUUCAUCGGGAGUGUUUCUGGAGAACCUAGGGAUCAAAGACUUCAUUCGGAUCGAACUGAGCUCUCCGACUCGAGUGCUCUUCUCGUUCGACGUGGGGAACGGUCCUCUGGAGGUGAAGGUGGAGACGCCGGCGGCUCUGAACGACGAGCGCUGGCAUCACGUGAGAGCCGAGAGGAACGUGAAGGAGGCCUCGCUGUAUGUGGACCAUCAUCCCGGCGCAGUUCAGAAAGCCCCCGCUGACGGACACAUUCAUCUGCAGCUCAACAGCCAGCUGUUUGUAGGAGGAACGGCUUCCAGACAGAAGGGCUUCCUGGGCUGCAUUCGCUCGCUGAAGCUGAACGGGAAGACUCUGGAUCUGGAGGAGCGGGCGGAGAUCACGCCCGGAGUGACGCCCGGAUGUCCCGGACACUGCAGCAGCUACGGCGGCCUGUGCCAGAAUCACGGCAGCUGUGUGGAGGAUCACAGCGGCUUCACCUGCGACUGCAGCCUCUCGCCCUUCACCGGCACCUUCUGCCAUAAAGACGUUUCUGCCUUCUUCAAACCCGGAACAUCAGUCAUGUACACGUUCAAAGAGCCGUACGAGCUGAACAGGAACGUCAGCGCUCAGUCGUCCUCCAUCUACUCCGAUUUAACGCUGAGAGGAGAGAACGUUUCGCUGAGCUUCAGGACGAGCCAAGCGCCGGCGCUGCUGCUUUACAUCAGCUCAUACUACAGAGAGUUCCUCGCCGUCCUGCUCGACAGAAACGGACAUUUGGACGUCAGGUACAAACUGCAGCACAACAGAGACGCGGAGGUUUUCCGAGCCAGCGGCAGGAAUCUGGCCAACGGGCUUCUCCACCGCGUGAGCGUCCAGAGACUGACAGAGACGCUCAGUAUUCAGGUCGAUCAGCAUGCAAAGGAAUAUUUCAAUCUAACAUCGGACACUGAGUUCAAGGCCAUCAAAUCGAUAGUCUUGGGAAAAGUGAGCGAAUCAGGUGAAGUGGAUCCAGAGAUCGCCCGUCUGAACGCUCUGGGCUUCACCGGCUGUUUGUCUGUGGUCCAGUUUAACUCCAUCUCUCCGCUGAAGGCAGCUCUGCUGUAUCCAGACACCAGUCCUGUCAUAGUCACCGGACCGCUGAGCGAAUCCAGCUGUGGCUCGUCUUUACCCACCAACCCAUACGCCGCUGAGACCACUCAUUCACUCACAGAUCAUGUGGGUUCAGUAAAUACGGGUGAGCCAAUAGUCAAUGCUAUCAACAGCGACUCGGCUUUGAUCGGAGGUGUCAUUGCCGUCGUGAUAUUUGUGAGUCUGGCCGCGCUGGCUGUGAUGGCGCGAUUCCUGUACCGGCGGAAAGAAACGUUUCAGCCCCAAGAGCCCAAAGCGGGAAAAACAGAUGAUAGUCCCGAAACGCCCUUUAACACGGAUCCAAACUCACAGAGCAUUGUCAGUGAUUACCAAAAAGAAUAUUUCAUAUGACGCUCUUUCACCUCGUAUCGGACUAAUCCAGUUAAACCGACGGACUGAAAUGCCUUGUCGAGUCUAGGGACAUUAACAUUCACGGUGCAUUAUGGGAAACCUUCCGAGAGACUGGGGCUGCUGAAGACGAGCGACGCGUCCCUAAGUUUUUGCCCUUUUUGUACAUAAAACAGUUAUUGUCCAGAGAUCUGGCACAAUAGUACGGUUUCUAAGGUGUGUAUAAUGACAUUCAUUGGUUGUAAAUAUUCUUUUGAAAUGAAACUUUGUAACAUCACCUUCUCCUUUUGCCUUUGAAUGAUUCAGUGCUCAGUAUUACGUUUAACGGAGUUAAAGAAGUGAUCAUUGUAUAGCUAAAUCAAAAUAAAUGUGUGAGUUGGCGAGUGCGAUGUUGUUGUGAAUACAUGCGUUCGUGCAAAAUACUUCAGAUUUUGCAGAAAAGGCUGUACUCUCCGUAUUUAUCACUCUUUGCCCGUGCUUUUUCUCAAUGAUUUGCCACUUGGAACAAAAAUACAUCCUAUGA